AUGAGUUUCGCACGACCAGUGUCAUCAAGAACGCAUAAUGGCGCGUCAACGGUUAAGCCACCACUACCAACAUUACCUAAAGUACCAACUCGGCUACAACACAAACAAUCAAGUGUUAAUUCAACGACGACGAAACCCGAUGUAAAAAUUCCACUAACAACCAUUCCUAAUCAAGAUGAUCUCGAUAUGAUUGUCAAUAACCUAUCGACAAUAGUCAAACGAUCAGAACAAUUAUUAACACCGGAUAAACCUACACAUAUAAAUGCGACUGUUCGUCGAACAUCGUCCUUGCACAUGACGAAUCGACAUGAUCUUUCGAUGUCACUUGUGAAAACGUCGAAUUCUCAUCAUGAUCAAUUAACCCAAUCAAAUCUAGAUCUGUCACGUCAGCCAAGCCAACGUCGAUCGUUACGUAAUGCCGAGAAAUUUUCUGGUAUUAAAUGCGCCUUACCAUCCGGUACAGCAACCAUGCCAACAACAUGCAAGAAUUUCGAAAAGCAUCGUACCCCAACACGAACAAAACAGGUGGAUAUGUCAAUGUCGAUGAUCAGUAAUCAUAUGACACCAACGAAUACUGAUGGAAGGUCAAAGAGUCCAUGGCGAUUACGUUUUGAAAAGUUUCUUAAUCAUCAAGAAUUGACACCAUUAUCACCACCGGAUGGUUCAGUUGCUUUUACAACAUCGAAAACAUCUUCAUUGAAUAAAGAAAAUCGCACACCUUCAUUUCGUCUUCCAGCACGUAGAUCGAGUAAAAUUCAUUCGACUGCACAAAAAGAUGAAUGA